AUGCACAUCAAGCCUCUCAAGGACAAGCUCGAACUAUUCAAAGCCACGUUGUCGGAUGAACAAAGAAGUCACACCACUGUUAACGCUUACCUCUGCGCAGCCGCAAUUGCGAUACACGAGCUUGCCAUCUUCCAUCCGCCCACAGUCGCGACACCCUUCAAUUCAGCGCUCGACCACAAGCGCAUAGGCUACUUGACAAACUGUCUACAAGCAUGCCAGGACUACACCGAGAGCUACCUGAACUCCGAUAUGAUAUACGUGACGACUGCCUCCGGACUGCUCUUCUCCUACUGCCUGAAGACACUGCACAAAUUGUCGACGCUUCAAGACUUCAUGUGGGAUACUACCAUCGCAAAGCAAACAGUGGAUGUCGUCGGCUUACUCGAACGCUGUGCUGGUAGCGCGGAGGAGAGUAAUGCCCGAUUGAAGGAGCAAACCGGUGAGGACAGCGUGUAUCUGAAGGCAGCGCGGACGCUGAGGGAGAUGGCUCCAAACUGGAGAGUCGCAGUGGCCCACGAACCUUCGAGUAACGGUGACGCGACUACCGUAGAAACCUGGCCUGCCGUCGACCACAUGGAUUUGUCGCUGCUGGAUUUCUCGGGGGAUUUCUGGCUGAAUGCGCCGUUUGAUGUCUGA